UUUUAAAUGAGCGAGAGAGAGACACGCAGUGUGUGUGUGUGUGUGUGUGAGAGAGAGAGAGAGAGAGAGAGCACGCGCGUGUGUUGCAUGCAGUAGAGGAGCGCGCGCAGACCUGUAUGGCGUUAUCUCUCGUGGUGCCGUUUCUGCACGCGCGCUGAAGACCGGAGCUUGGGAUUCUGUUUACACUCUGGAAAUUUUGGGGAAACGGAACAGAGGAACAGCGGGGUUGUGUGUGUGUGUGUGUGUGUGUGUGUGUGUGGACAUGCGUAAAGAUGAUGGAGAGUUAUCCCGCAUGGCACUGAGACGGAGGCGCGCGCAGGAAUAAUCUCCAUCACGCGCGUGGAUGUGAUUUAAUAAUUGAGAGAGAAUAUUUGGGAGAAUCUCAGCAUGACCUCUGUGAGCGGGAAUAAAGACAGGAGCGGCAGGAACCGGAAACACACGAUGACAGAUUGCUCUCCUACCAAAUCGGCCUCGUUCUCUCCGGACUCGUGGUACCGUAAAGCCUGUGAGGAGUCUCGCACUGGGUUCCGCCCGGUUCCUGAAGGAGCUCGCUCUGUUCCUGGUUCCUCAGGCGCCCCCUCCCCUGGCUCUGGAACCUCCUCCCCGGGUUCUUUCUCCAGCUCUCCGGGCACCGUGUCUCCAGGGAUUGGGACGAGUUCUCCGGGUUCUCUGGGAGGUUCUCCAGGGUUUGGUACUGGUUCUCCGGCCUCGGGCAGCGGUAGUUCUCCGGGUUCUGAGAGAGGAACAUGGUGUGAUAACUGCACCGGCCGCCUGGUGGAGCUGAAGAGGCAAGCGGCCAAACUGCUCCUCCCAGGACCUUACUCCUCCAAGGACCCGUCACUCUCUCUCCUCCUCCAUGAUAAGUUGCAGAUUCCCAGCAGCCCGAGGAAAGCGUGGAACGAGCACGAGAGCCGCUGUGAUGUUUGCUUCACACACCUGAGCCAAUUAAAACAGGAAGCUGUACGAUUGGUGCUCACCUGUGACGUGUCACCUGGGUCUCCGCCCUCUCUCGCCUCACUGGUGGGUACGAGGAGCCUCAUCCAAGGCUCCACCCCUACCCACCUGCCCGGAUCAUACCAUUCUGUCAAUCCUUCCUCCUCCUCUAACGGUGCGGUUUUGGCCUCCAGCGUCUCAUCAACCUGCAGCGCAACCACCACCACUAGCACUAGCGUUAGCAAUGUUAGCAUUAGCAGCCCUCAUCAUACCAAACAUGGCACCAAACCCAACACACUCGGUGUGGAGAGGAAGACCGGCUCUCCGGCACACACACACCCCGAGAACACCUGGUCACCUGCACACUCGUCUCGCUCCAAUGGAGUCACACUCUUCCCUUAUCAGAUGUCAGACAGUAAUAAAGAGUGCAUGAAUGAAGCCGUACUGAACCGCUGUAACAUUGAUCGCCUGGUCCCACCCCCGGCUCCGCCCAGUACAGUGCCCUCCACAGGACCAUCUGCUGCCGCCUCCUUCUUCGCCAGAGCGGCUCAGAAACUAAACCUGUCCUCUAAAAAGAAGAAGCAGAAGCCCACGCCCACUGCUCUACUGGCCCCGCCCCUUUUCCCAACAAACUUCAGUGGAAUCCUGCAGGUCACUCCACCCCCAGCCCCGCCCUGUCUGCUCAGAGCUGUCAGUAAAGUGAGAGAUAAUCCAGGAAUCGGCAAGGUGAAGGUGAUGCUGCGUGUGUGUGCUGUGUCCCAUGCCGAGUCCAGCUCCUUCCUGAAAGUGGACUCUCGUAAGAAACAGGUGAGUAUUAUGGACCCGGCCAGUAACUCCACCUCUCAGCAGAACUCCAAUCAGAAACGAGGAGCCUCCACCCAAGCCCCGCCCAAAAUGUUCACCUUUGACUCCGCCUUCUCACAUGAUGCCUCACAGGCAGAGGUGUGUGCAGGUACAGUAGCGGAGGUGAUCCAGUCGGUGGUGAAUGGAGCUGAUGGAUGUGUGUUCUGUUUCGGUCAUGCCAAAUUGGGAAAAACCUACACCAUGAUAGGGAAGGACGACUCCAUGCAGAACCUGGGCAUUAUCCCCUGCGCUAUCUCCUGGCUCUUUAAGAUCAUUACGGAGCGGAAGGAGAAGACGGGCGCUCGGUUCUCUGUCCGGGUCUCUGCCGUGGAGGUCUGGGGGAAAGAUGAGAACCUGAAGGACCUGCUGUCCGACGUGGCCACGGGCAGUUUACAGGACGGCCAGUCACCUGGAGUUUACCUGUGUGAGGACCCCAUCUGUGGCAUGCAGCUGCAGAAUCAGAGCGAGCUGCGCGCGCCGACUGCAGAGAAAGCUGCGUUCUUUCUGGAUGCCGCCAUCGCAGCGCGGUACAGCAGCCGAGCCGAGUGUGACGAGGACGAACAUCGCAACUCACACAUGCUCUUCACAUUGCACAUCUACCAGUACCGCAUGGAGAAGACUGGGAAAGGAGGAAUGUCUGGAGGCCGCAGUCGUCUGCACCUGAUAGAUUUGGGGAGCUGUGUGAAGGAAUUAACUAAACCCCGUGAGAGUGCCACGCCCAGUCAGUGUCUGUCUCUCUUGGCCCUCGGGAACGUCAUCCUUGCCCUCGUCAACGGCUCCAAACACAUUCCCUACAAGGACAGUAAGUUAACGAUGCUGUUGCGAGAGUCGCUGGGAAACAUGAACUGUCGCACCACCAUGAUCGCACACAUCUCCUCCUCUCCCAGCCACUUCUCAGAAACCCUCUCUACACUACAGAUAGCUUCUCGAGUGCUGAGGAUGAAGAAGAAGAAGACUAAAGUAAGCAUGCAGUACACGUCUAGUUCCUCUGGUGGAGAAAGCUCAUGUGAGGAGGGAAGAAUGAGACGUCCGACUCAGCUCCGAAACAUACACUCCAGGAACGUUGGAGACUCCGAAAUACCACUGCUUCACAUUUCCAGUGACCCAGAUGAUUAUUCCAGCAGCGAGCAGUCCUGCGAUACCGUAAUCUAUGUAGGUCCAAAUGGUUCAGCGCUUUCGGACAGAGAGCUCACAGACAACGAAGGUCCCCCCGAGUUUGUACCCAUCAUACCAUCUAUACAUAAGACUAAGAGUGACCAAGGCAAGCUAGCACAGCCGUCUCAGUUAGGCGAUUCUCUAAUCCAGCCUCCACAAACUGUCCAGUCGAUUCAGACCCUUCAUCCACAGACACUUCCUCCUGUACUUGAAGAAACUGCAGAGUCUAGCAAGCAGGAAAAGGACUGCCUCAAAUGUAACACAUUUGCAGAGCUGCAGGAGCGGCUGGGGUGCAUUGACGGCAGCGAGGAGGUAAACAAGUUUCCUUUUGAAGAAGUUCCAGCCAGCAGACUUAAGAAAAUCGAGUCUCUUCAAUCUCACCCCACCACAAGUUCUCCCAAGAGGAUCUCUAAUGAUCAGCAACUGGAGGAGAUCCGGGAAGUGGUGGAGGAAGCAGAGAUUGCACAGUCCAUUAUAGAAAGUCUGACAAAGUCUACAAUAAAUUGUGUUCUUUCUACCAGUCGGAGUGUAACAGGAGGGAGUGGUGUCGGACAGCUCACGUCUCUUCAAAGGGCCAACAGUUCCAGUCUUCAUAACAGCAGGGAGUCGAUUAGUGGAGGAAGCAGCAGUGAUGGCAAGCCUCGUCCCAUGGGUUCCCCCCGACUGGGUAUCGCUAGCCUGACAAAAACAUCAGAAUACAAACCUCCCUCGUCACCUUCUCAGCGCUGCAAAGUGUACACUCAGAAAGGAGUAAUGCCUAGCACCCCUCCACAAUCCUCACAAAACCUGUACAAAGACUCAGGAAAGUCCUCCACUGAGUCGUUGCUUCAGGCUGAAUUCAGAACAUCUCCUGUUGGGAUGGGUCCUCACUUACUGAAGCGCUCUUCUUCCUCCAACAGUUUGGGAUCAGUGGACACACUGUGUGACGAUGUUCCUCAACUACCUCUGGAUAAUAAGAACAGCACCACGGUCACCUUGCAGCAGUGUGUGGAGCCGCAGGGUGAGGAUGAGUUGGUCUUUACUCUUGUUGAGGAGCUAACAGUGAAUGGGAUCAUGGAGGACGGCAGGCCUACUAGUAUUAUCAGCUUCAACAGCGACUGUUCAGUUCAGGCUCUUGCAUCAGGUUCACGGCCCAUCAGCAUCAUCAGCAGUAUGAGUGAAGGUCUGGAGUCCUACAGCAACGUAGCCUCCACUACCACCGCCACCAUCUCAGAAACCAACAUUGCUAAAUUCCUGCCUCUCGGCAAGGUUGAUGGAGAUGUCAUCAUGAGCCGUUGGUCCUCUAACAUUUCUUGGCUGACUGAAAUGAGCACAGGAAGUGGUGACGAACAGUAUUGCCAUAGUGUUGUUACGCAGCAAUGCUUUGGGCAGGGUGAGGGACUAGCUGAGGUUCAGCUUCUGGAAAUUAAUGAGGAAGGGGAAAAUGAAGUGCUUACAGAACAGAACAAGGAGAAUGGAAAAGUUUUCUGUGCAGCUGAAACUUCUACCAAAAUGUCUCCAACCAUGGGAAAAACAACAGUCACCAUUUCCAAUGCUCAGUCAUUAUGCACCUUGAAUAGCUUUUCCCCUAACAAAACAAACAUAACAGCUCAGCCUUGUGUUACUGUAAAGCCAAUUAUUCCUGAUCCACCAACCAAACACCUUUCAGUCAAAGAGCCAAGAUCUCCACCAGUUCCUCUCUCGAGGGAGAUCGUCUUUGAUGAUCCCUGGAUGAAAAGGAAUUCCUCCAAACCUGAGGAACCUGUCUGUGAGGUACAGCUAGAGAAAGGAACAUCUGAUUCUAUAAAGAGCAAAAGUUUGUUUGACAGAAACAGUUCAAGCAGUUGUGAAGCAGCAGGUUCUCCUGAUUCCUUCAGAAGGGUCGUGGAUGGUUGUGAAAUGGUUCUAAAUGCUUCAGAAAGCAUCACUCCUGUGUUUUCAGCUAACAUCCUCAGGACUGGCAGCCUUCCUAGGGCAUGGCAUCGUCUGAACAAGCAGGAUGACCUUGAUGACUCUUCCUAUCGAUACACAAGUGGAGAAUAUAAAACCCUUGGAGUUACUACAUCCACUCCCUGUAGUCCUCGAGCCACACUGGAGCGGAGAGGAUCAUCUGGUAGGCAAGGUUUCUUCAUGCGUCCAAAAGGAAUCCCUCCCUUACCACCUGUGAGGAAGUCGAGUCUUGACCAGAGAAACAGAGCCAGUCCCCAGCAUAAUUCAACAAGUAACCAGGGUCCAAACCUGCACUUAUCUUUCUUGGGCAGCACCCCAGAGGAUCUGGGUGUAAAUAGUAAACAAACAGGACAACAUUUUGAGAGUAGCAGGCUCUUCAGUGCCAAACUCGAGCUGUUAGCAAAUAGAACCAAUUCUCUGGGAAGAUCCCAUGGUGCCCAUUAUGACUGUCAUUCUCUAGAGAGAGGGGAGAGCCUGAUGCUUGUUGGAUCUAAAGCAGCUGUAGUGAGAGAUAGCACCAUGCCUCGAGUUGGCAGAAGCUUCACGCGUAACUCCAUCUCUUCUCCGACCAAUGGACCGAACUGCAACUCCAAUGUAACACAGUCACCCAAAUCAAGCCAAUCCAAAAUCUCAGCUGUUACCAAACUCCUCAUGGCCAGCCCUAAGUCUCGAAGCCUUUCCACUUCUAGCACCAAGACCUUGAGCUUCUCCACCAAAUCUCUUCCACAGUCAGUAAACAGGAGUUCAAGCCUGCCCCCUAAUGGAAAGAACCCAAACCCAAAUUCCUGGUCAACUCAGUCGCUGAGCCGUAAUAAGGGAUCAGGGCUUGCCUCAAAGCUGCCUCUUAGAGCUGUAAAUGGACGAAUCUCAGAACUUCUGCAGGGCAGUGCUGGCCAGGCCGCUCACGCACGAGGUGCAUGCAAUACCGAGGAAAAAGGAGGACCAGUCCAGGGUGAGGAAAGGCCAGUGGUCCAUACUUUACCGUCCCCUUACAGUAAAAUUACUGCUCCACGGAGGCCACAUCGCUGCAGCAGCGGCCACGCUAGUGACAACAGCAGCGUUCUGAGUGGUGAGCUCCCUCCGGCCAUGGGGAAAACUGCCCUCUUCUACCACAGUGGAGGCAGCAGUGGCUACGAGAGCAUGAUACGUGACAGCGAGGCCACUGGGAGUGCGUCUUCUGCUCAGGACUCUAUGAGUGAUAACAGUAGCUCAGUUAGUGGACGGAGGAGUCUGAAAAACUCGAAGAAAAGGAACAACACAGGCACCCAGCGGAGACGCCUCAUUCCCAAUUUGACCCUUGACCCCACUUCCCCAGUAAGGAAGCCAAUCCUGAGCCCCGGAGUGCGCUGGGUUGACGGUCCGCUCCGUCCCCCUCAGAGGGGUGUGGCCGAACCCUUCGAAAUUAAAGUUUAUGAGAUCGACGACGUGGAGCGUCUGCAGCGGCGGCGGAGCGCGGGCAGUAAGGGCGUGGUGUAUUUCAGCGCUAAGCUAAAGAUUUUGGAGCACCGACAGCAGAGGAUCUCAGAGAUACGAACAAAAUACGAUUGGCUGAAGAAAGAACUGGAACAAACCAAACAGCACCUAAUGCUCGAGCCCGAGAAGUGGACCUCCGAGUUCGAUGUGGAGCCGGUGUUCGAGGUCGACUCUCUGGAGUAUUUGGAGGCGCUGGAGUUCGUCACACAGCGGCUGGAGAAUCGAGUUAAUUUCUGUAAAGCUCACCUGAUGAUGGUCACGUGUUUUGAUAUCACGUGUCGCCGACGGUAACCGUGCAGGAAAACAGGAAGUGCAGUAGCUUUAGAGUGUGUGUUUGUAAUAAUAAUAAUAAAGGUGGAUCAGAAAUAAAUCAAACAGACAGGAAAUUCAAACUCUAAUGUAAGUUUUAAAAGUGAAUUUUUUGAAUGUAAAGUUGGACAUCUGAGAGAAGAGAAACGAACCAGAGACUUUAACACACUUUCAUUCCACAGACAAUGUUAACGUUAUUAUUUAAUAAGCAGCUCUGUCACAUGACCUGCGCUGUAUCCCAAACACUAACUAGCUCAUUAGCUAGCAAAGUUAUGACGUUCUCAAACAAUAGAUUUUUUUUAAAUCUUUAAUUAUCACUGAGGAAAAAAACUCUCAUAGACCUUCAAAUGGGAAUCUUUUGGGAAUUUUUGGAUCUGGAAUAACAGGAUCAUUCCCAAAUCUCCCACAUGACAUGUAUUCCACAUUAACAUGUGCAGACUUUCUGCUUUUCUCACAUGUUAAAAGAUAUUUUACCAAAUGUUUAGUGUUGGACAGAAACAGGACGCGCAGUUAGGGGACAAAAGUGGUUGUAAAUAGUUUGCUUGCUUGUUUUAUUAGAACGAGGCCUGAUUGAGAGGCAGAAAUGAAGGAAAAGAGAGAAAAAAGAAAAAAAACACAGAACAAAGAAAAUUAAAAAGGAACAAAGUGCCUUGAGAAUAAAUUUAGUAUCAUGAUGAUUUGUGUACAGACGGUGCUCGCUUAAACAGAACUAAACAAAAAAAACUAAAGAGAAAAUAGAACAAAAAGAGCUUGUUUAAUUCGGUGUUUUAUCCGUCGGGUUAUUUGUACUUAACGUAUUCGUAAAUGCAACUUGUUACGUGUGUUUUUUAUUAUUAUUAUUUUUAGAUUUUUCACUUAAAGAGGCCACACAGACUCGAACCAUAUUUAACUGCAUUUUAGGAAUAAAAAAAAAAACGUCAAAGAAUA